GUAACAGCCACUAUCUUUACUCUUUUAACAACAACUCCUAGGGAUUUUACAUUUUUUCUCUCAUCUUCUCUGAUCUCUUCCAUUUGAAUCUGACUCUUUUGUCAAAAAAAUAGUGAAAUUUCUUGUCAAAGUUUUAGACUUUUUUCAAUCUGAGUUCUUCUUUUGUCAAAAUGCACCAAAUAAAGAUCCUUACUACUGAUGUAUUAAUACUAUACUAAUACUACUAUCUUUUCUUUAUAUUUCAGUCAUAAAAUAUUGUGAGUAGUUUAUUUUAGUAUAAAGCUUUAAAUAUUCUUUCUGUUUUUAUACUAGUAUAGUUUAUUGAUAAAUAUAUAUAGAUUUGAGGGAAAGGUGGGACAGUUUUUUCAUGGAUCCCAAGGGCAGAAAGCAGCCACCAUUACAGGAGGAGGUACCACCAGCAACACUAUUACAACCCCACCAUUUCUUGAGUCUCCCACAUCCAACUAUUACAGCAUCAUCAACAACAUUAAUCCCAAUUAAUAUGGUUGAUAAUUCCCAUACUCAUAACAACAACAACAACAACAACCAUCUUUCAAACAACAGCAUAAAACCUGCAGAAAUCAAAGACUUUCAGAUUGAAAUAGCAGACAAGCAAAUUCAGCAACAUCAGCAACAACAACAACAAGAAGAAGAUGAUCAGCAUCAACAACAGCAACAGCAACAGCAACAGCAGCAGAAGAAGCAGGUACAAUUAGGACCAAAGAGAAGUUCAAACAAAGACAGGCAUACUAAGGUAGAAGGCAGAGGAAGGAGGAUCAGGAUGCCUGCACUUUGUGCAGCAAGAAUAUUUCAAUUGACAAGAGAAUUGGGUCAUAAAUCUGAUGGUGAAACCAUUCAGUGGUUGCUGCAACAGGCUGAGCCAUCCAUCAUAGCUGCCACUGGAAGCGGCACGAUACCGGCCUCGGCUUUGGCUACAACAGGAGCAUCUGUUGCACAACAGGGAACCUCAAUUGGGUCUGAUUUGGGUGGUUCAAGUAGACCUUCUACUAAUUGGGCUGCUUUAGUAGGUAUGGGUGGUGCUGGGACUAAUUUGGGGAUUUGGGCACCACCCCCACCUCAUCAUAUUUCUGGGUUUUCAACAACAGCAACAACAACAACAACAACUAGUAAUUCAACAACAGGAACAACAACUACUUAUGUUGGUGGUGUUAAUGAGGGUACUAAUUAUUUGCAAAAAAUUGGGUAUCCUGGGUUUGACUUAGGAGGUGCUAAUCUUGCUCACAUGAAUUAUGGACAAAUUCUAGGAGGAAAUCAUUCUCAUCAUCAUCAUCAACAACAACAACAACAACAACAUCAACAACAUCAACAUCAACAACAUCAACAACAUCAACAACUUAAUCAGUCAAUGCCUGGUUUAGAGCUUGGAUUAUCUCAAGAUGUUCAUGUUGGUGUGUUGACCCCUCAAGCUUUAUCCCAGAUUUACCAACAAAUGGGUCAUCAUCAUCAGUCUAGAGGUGGUCAAAUUGGAAGUGGGUUAACUUCUUUGCAUCAUCAACAAGAUCAUCAACCAUCCAAUUCUAAGGAUGACUCUCAAGAGUCAGCUUGAUUAAUGAUGAUCAACUGAGUAGUAACUAGUAAGUAGAGUUUCAAGGUGGGAGUGCAAGGAGAAGUAGCUUCAAUUUGGGGCUUUAAUAACUUCUUCUAUAUCUAAAGAGACAUGAUUAAUAUCCUUGCAGAUGAGCCACAGGUGCUUAUUGAGGUUUCUCUUGCUGUCUUCUAGUUCACGGUCGAGUCAUCGAUACAGCCGGAGGAGUAAGCUUCAUCUGUGCUUGACAUGCCCAGUCUCUCUGCCCUGCUUAUCAUUCCUGUUACAAUUCACAAGAAAACAUUUCUUCAGUCCAUGUUUCUUGCCUGUUGAGAGAGUGAUGUCUCACUAGUCAGUAAUGAAAAUAUACUGCAAAACAUAAUGUGUGUGACUUUGUUGGAGUCAAGAGAGUUUAGCAUACUUUUUUGAAAUACAUAUAUGUUGUGUCUGGUGCUCCACCUUGUGUCUAGACUCAAUAUUAUGCCUUAAUACAAGUUACAACUAUGAGUCUAUGAUCAAAGACUUCAUAGUGCAGCAGAAUUAUGUUUUAUGUGA